CUCGGCGGUGAUCGGAUCAGCAGACGGGCGUCCGCGAGGGCUGCGAGCCUUCCUCUCCCUCUCUCACAGGAUAGGCAGCCCGGUAAAAGACCAGAGUCCCGAUUUGGUUGCCUGAUCGCCAGUCUUGGAAUUUUAGGUUGUCACAGGAGAUGAAGAUAUUGCCCAUUUUUACAUUCAUACUUGAUUGGCAGUUGCUGAAUGCUUUGUUCAAGGUGGAGGUUCUUAAAGAAUCGUUUACAGUGGUCUAUGGCAGCAAUGUGACCAUGGAAUGCAGCUUUCCUUUUAAAGGCCAUUUAGAUCUCAAAGCAUUAUCUGUUUAUUGGGACACAGAGGAUGAGAAACACAUCGUCAAAUUUGUAAAGGGUGAGGAAGAUCUUAAAAUCCAGCAUCACAGCUACAGAGGUAGAGCAACGUUGUUAAAAGAUAAGCUGUUUCUGGGGAAGGCUACGCUUCAGAUCACCAAUGUCCAAAUGACAGAUGCUGGGGUUUACCGCUGCCUGAUUGGCUAUGAAGGAGCAGACUACAAGUGGAUAACUCUGACGGUAAAAGCCCCUUACAGCAAAAUAAACCAAGUAAUUUCGAGGAAUCCAAUUACACUGGAAUAUGAAUUAACCUGCCAAUCAGAGGGUUAUCCAGAAGCAAGCGUGAUCUGGAAAAACAAUUACCAUGAAGACGUCAGUGACAAGGCCAUCGUGAACUCUUCACAUGGACCCGAUAUGCUAUUCAACAUGACCAGCACACUCAGAAUCAAUGCCACAGAAAAUGAUACUUUCUACUGCUUUUUCUGGAAUAAAAAACUUGAAGAAAACAACACAGCUAUCUUAAUCAUCCCAGAACAGACUAAAAUACCUCUGAUGAAUAAUAGAAAUCACUUAGCGACUCUGGCAGCAGCCAUUUUGCUCGGAUCACUGUUAUUACAUCUGUUUUGCAGCAAAAUAUGUGUGAGAGUGGCAGAUAUGGAAAAAUGGGAUUGCCAGUCUGUAACAUGUGAAGGACAGAAAUGUCCAAGCACUGGGAAGACUUAAGUGCAGCCUCUGCAUCUUUGAUUAAAAGUAGGGAUUCUCAACCUGUUCCUCGACGCGUACACAGUAUCGGAGAAAUAUGGUCUUACCAGAGGAUGAAGCACCGAGAGGAGAGGGGGGAAUGGGCGAAAAUGAGAGUGCAAAAGAAAAUACAGAAAAGAAAAAAAAACCUCAAAACACGGCUUUAAAAUCACAAACAAGAAGCAUUCAGACGGGUUAAGGAGCCUCGUCAAAUAGAGACAAAUUGGUCGUGCCAAAGAAAUGCUUAAUUUUUACUGGGGCUGG